AUGUCCAAACGUACAGCAACAAAACGUAAAGCUGCUACAACAGCUGAACAUGAAAUCAAGCGUGCUAAAGGUGAAACGAACCUUUUUAAUUUAAAAUGGUAUGAACAUGGUGAACCGUUAUCCAAAGGUUUUGUUCCAUUAGUUUAUCUCUAUGGUGAUACAUUACCUGGUUGUUCAAAAAUUGCUUCAUUUGAUAUGGAUUCAACAUUAAUUAGUGUUAAAUCUGGAGCUAAAUUUGCUAAAAAUCAUGCAGAUUGGAUAUGGUGGCAUGAAACAGUUCCAAAAAAACUUGCCGAACUUCAUAAAGAUGGUUAUCGUUUAAUAAUAUUUACAAAUCAAGGUGGUAUUGAAAAACAUCAUACAAAAUUAGAUGAUAUAAAACGUAAAUGUGAAAAAUUAAUUGAAGAAACUAAUGCACCUAUUUAUGUAUUUAUUGCAACUGGUGAAAAUCAUUUUCGAAAACCAGCUACAUCAAUGUAUGAUUUUUUUGUUGAAAAUUGUAAUCAAAAUGUUGAAAUUGACAAGAAAAAUAGUUUUUAUUGUGGUGAUGCUGCUGGUCGAAUAAAUAAUUGGACAGCAGGAAAGAAAAAAGAUUUUUCAUGUGCUGAUAGAAAAUUUGCUCAUAAUAUUGGUUUAACUUUUAAAACACCUGAAGAAUGUUUUCUUGAUGAAGCACCAACUACUAAAUUCGAAUGGGGUUCAAUUAAUCCAGGUGAAUAUAUUAAUAAAUUAUCCAAUGGAAAAACAACAAAUGAAACAAAAACUUAUCAUAAAUCGACACAAGAAGUUGUUAUUUUACAAGGACCACCUGCAUCAGGAAAAAGUACUUUUUCUCGUCGAUAUUUUCAACCUUAUAAUUAUGAGAUAAUCAAUCGUGAUAAACUUCAAACACCUGCAAAAUGUCUCAAAGCAGCAAAAGAAGCUUUAGAUAGUGGUCAAAGUGUCGUUAUCGAUAAUACAAAUCCAGCUGCAGCUUCUCGAUCAGAAUAUAUUGCUCUAGCUGAAUCACAUAAAAUUCCUUGUCGUUGUUUUGUUCUUAAUACACCUAUUGAAUUAUGUCAUCAUUUAAAUUAUGUUCGUGUUCAUCAAACAUCUGGUGAAGUUCGUCGAAUACCUGAUGUUGGCUAUAAUGUGUAUAAGAAAAAUUAUGAAGCACCAAAAGCAAAUGAAGGUCUAGCUGAAAUUAUAAAUAUUGACUUUAUACCAAAAUUUGAUACAGAAACACAUGAAAAAAUUUUUCAUUAUUAUACUGAAUCUUAA